ACUUAUACUGAAUUAUCUCGGAGUUUUACAAGAGAAUUAAAGUUUUCCGUACCUUUAUUAAAUAUUUUUAUAUAAAAAAAACCAGAAAAGGAAAAACUCCCGUCUAGGCGCCUCUCGUCCCUCUUCUACAGUAUUAUCAUCUUCAAGAUGAGCGACGAACAGUCCCUGACGGCCUAAUAUCAUCCUCUUCGUCACUGCCGUUACGAUCCUCAUCAUCGCGUCGGCUUUUGUACGGCAGCAGCUGAGUAACUGAUUAUGGCGACUCAAUCUAUGGCUCCUCCCGUGCAGGCGGACAACAAUCCCCAAAACCCAGAACUUGUACAACCGACAAAUGAGGAUCAGCGAGAUGCAAAUGCAGAGGUUGCCAAAGUAUCUUCUACACCAUCUGUGUUUGUGAACACAGAACCCAUGCGAGAAGAACAAGUGCAAAAUGCUGUGAAGUUCCUUUCACAUCCAAAAGUUAGGGGUUCUCCUGUCAUCUACAGACGAUCUUUUCUUGAGAAGAAGGGUCUUACAAAGGAGGAGAUAGAUGAAGCUUUUCGUCGUGUACCUGACCCACCACCAACUCUUUCAAGUGUGCAAGCAGGUAGCACAAAUCAAGCGGAUGGGCAGUUGAAACCAUCAUCAAAUGUUCAACCACAAUCCCCAGCACAAACUCUGCAGUCUGCAGCAGCUGCUCCUGCAAGUGUUAUGUCCACAGUGGGCACUGUGACCAAGUCCAGAUUUCAGUGGUCUCAUGUCUUUUAUACUGUAGGAUUACUGGCAGUUUCAGGUGCUGGGACAGCUGUACUUUUUAAGAAUGCUAUCAUUCCCAGGUUGAAAUCUUGGAUUCGCAAGGUCGUGUUGGAAGAUGAUACUGAUCUUGCAAAGAAAACUAACUCAAAACCUAGUUUGGAAGAAGAAGCAGCAGCUGCUGCAAAAGCAGCCGCAGCCGCAGCUGUUGAUGUGGCGAAAGCAAGCCAGGAAAUGCUGAUAUCGAAAAAUGAAGAAAGGAGAUACUUUCAGGAGUUUAUGAAUCUGUUAGAUGUGCAAACACAGGAAAUGAAAUCAAUGAGUACCGCCAUUCAGAAGUUGGAAGGACAAAGUAACAGUUCGGGAAGAAACCUUCUUGUUGAACAAGAAAAUCGUAGAGUCUCAGUGACAAGUUCAAAGCAACCAAAUGUAAAUGGCAAGGCAGAACUUAACUUGCGCUCAGUGAGAUCUUCAUCACCGCCUGCAUCCAUGGAACCCUCUGUCGCACCUCAUCCAAAGUCAUAUAUGGAUCUCAUAGACAUGGUUCAAAGAGGGGAAAAGCCUCCUAACAUUAGGGACAUCAAUGAUCUACCCCCCAAUCCUAAUCAGCCACUUCCAAAUCCUCGCUUAGUACCACGACCUAAGCCUUGGGAGGUUGGCCAGGGUCAAAACAGAUCAAGCUAUGUCCUUCAGUCUCAAGUGGGUAGUGAUGGCUUCAAUAUCAAGGCACAAGAUAAUGGACUCGCCCAUGAGUCGAAUGGGAAUGGUGAGAGUUCACUGCCUUGGUCGCAACAUAAAAAUGUCAGAAUCACAGAAAUUGAAUCUGAAGAGGAACUGAAGACUCUGCCUUAUGGUGCAUCUACCAUGGAACGACCAAUUCAACGAGCAUGGGUUCCUCCCCAGCCACCCCCUUUUGUCAUGCCAGAAGCAGCUGCUGCGAUCCGACAGCUUAAACCAUCAGCACCAAAAGAACAAUUUACCAAUGAUCAGCUAGAUGCGCAUCCUUCGGAUGAAACUGAUGAGCUGCAGAGGGUCGCAAGAUUAUCGGAAUCAGGAGGGGUGGAGAUCAAAGGAGUGAACUCAGAAUCAAACUUAAGUGAUGCGCUGGCACAGGAGUAGAAUCCUCUCAAUGCACUUGAUUUGGUACCCUCUAUGUAUCUGAAAUAACAUCUGAUAGAAUGAGAAUAUAUGUUGGAUCAAUAGGGAUAAAUAAUUUUGGUCCUCUUGUGCUCAUUCUGUGAUCUAUGACUCUGUGUGCACUUUACUUUGAUGGAGGGAAAUAAAGAACAUUUGUGUGUGAACGAAAUGGUUUAUAUGGUCCAUUUAUAUAGAAGAAGAUUGUUUUGUACUGUA